AUCAUUCCAUUCCCAGUGGCGUAGCUGCCUCCAUGAGCUAUUGGGGGCUCCAAAGAAAAAAGGAAAGCCAAGAGCAAAACGCGAUCGUCUCUGGAGAGUUACGGAGACAUGGGAGAUAAGUCCAAUCUCAAACAGAUGUGGGCGUGCAUGUAGGUAUCAUCUUGAUCGACGAUCCGUGGCAUAGAGUGUCAAUCUCCAAGUACACGGCAAGUUUCGAUCAGGGACAGGAAUGUUCAAGAAUAUCUGCGCAGAGUGGGACGAAACAGGCAUGGUCGAGGCAUGCCUGUGGGAUGAAACCGGUGCGGGGGAUGCCGAUGUACCGAAUAAGGAUUUGUGGCCAGGGCUAUGCUGGAACCUCCUAUGACGUGCACACCAGGCAUGGCGUAGGCGGGGAGUUUGGGAUAUACUGGAUUUAUUGAGAUUCGCUUCUAUUCUGACCCAUGUCUAUUUCUCUUCCCAUUAGCUUCCGACCAUCGAUCGACCCCCGCAUACCACUUAGCACGCCCUCCUAAUGCCCGACGAUCCUUCCAAUGCCGCCUCAAGUACGAAUACUAACCCCCAGUCCGACACCGUCCACCUUUCAGCUACCUCUCCCACAGACAAGCAAUCCGACUCUUACAAUGAAAAGACCUCCUCUAACCACGCUGCUUCCGAGCCUUCCCUCAGCACUGGAAACCCGCCAGAACGUCCCAUGAUCGCAUACCAUGACGACACUGGGCCCCCUCCGUUAGACUAUACGCUCAGAACCCGGCCGCGGGAACGGUAUAUUGCCCUCUUCUUUGGUCUCCUCUUUCUCGAGGCUGGCGUCCUUCCUCUCAUUCUCUUCUACUCCCUGCGAUGGGGUGCUCAUCUCUCCAUCACCAAGAACCUGGCUAUCAUUACUUCCCUCAUUGGUACCGUCUCUGGCUUCAAAGUCGCUCAACGGACCUACUUGCUGUGGUUCCGCAACGAGCACGAGUCCAGGCGGCCGAUUGGGGCUAGCAGAUGGGGUUUGGAUUUCUUCCACAUCCUCAUAAACAUCGGUCUCGCCGCUUUCUUCGUCCCGCUUAUCGUCGGCUCUUCCCUAUCCCCGGCAAGCGUGGCAACAGUAGCAAUGGCCCUCCCCUGCUUCAUGCUCUCCAUCUGCCUCCCAAUGCUCAUCAGCGGCCUCUUCCCCUCCCACUUCCGUCUCCCCUUCCGAGUCUCCUCCUUCCCACCCCAUCACCUCCUCCCCCCUCUCACCUACACCAUCGUCGAAGACGUCAUCGCCGUCGACGGCAGUGGAAAAAUCGAAUUCAGACAAGCCUGGAGAUAUCGCUACGAAGAGUCCAGGAUCAUGCGCAAACUCCUCAGAGAUCUCGCGCUUUAUUGGGGGAUCACGGGGACUGCGUUGGGUGUUGGCUUGAUUGUGGUUGCUUGGUUGGCUAGUGAUGAUGUGGGGUAUGGUUUGGGCUAUGGUAUGCCGUGGUUGUGGGCGUUCGUGAGCACGCCUCUGACUAUUCUUUGGGUGAGACGGGAGUUGGGGAGGGAACGCAGAGAGUGGGGUGAUCUUGUCAACGUCCAUCUUGAAAAACCUAUGCAUCUUGUCGAGACUAGAGUCGAUCGCGAGGCGUAUGAGAGGAUGAUGGCUAGGCGGAGUUCUCUUACUAUCAGGAGGGGCAGGGACAAUGAUCUUGCUCAGGUUGGUGAUGGCCCUGUGACGAGGACGAGGACUCUUGAUGAGUCUCACAGAGCGGAGAGGGAGAAUGUUCAACCCGUUGGACGGAGACGGUGUGUAUCGGAGAAACAACCUGCGAGUGGGGACGGUUGGUUAAGGAGGGAAAGUGCGGGUGAUUCGGAGCAGCAGCAGGGUCGGGAGCAUGGCCGUGAACCUGUCUAAACCCUCGAUCUCGUCGCGCUCCUCCCGUCUCAAAAGGCAUUCUCUCGCCCUUGUGGAUGUUUCGCCAUCCUGGACCCUCAAGCCCACACUGUCCUCUUGCAGUUCCUUCUUUGCUCUGCUUUCGAGCACGGUUUACGUUCAUUUGUAUUUAGUCUUUUUUUUUUGUAGCUAUUAGGUUUCUCCUUUUUUUGGUGCCAUUACCUGUACAAGCUGUAUUAUUCGCUGACGGACGGUCCACUAUCUUGAUACGCCAUUAGUUUGUAUGGUAUGAUACCUUUUUUUGAUCUUGUACAAGCUGUUGUAUAAUCCCGGAUAUGGAAGCACCUAUUGUAACUCCACUUUUUUUCUUCCUUGGCUAGUGUAUCCUGUGCAUGAGAUACAGUUUUGCCUACAAGUUAC